AUGUCCAGCUCCCCAGUGAUCGAUCCGGCCAUGGAUUCGGCAUGGCGAACCGACAUAGGCACGCUUUGGACUGCAGCCGUGGCCAAACACAACCAAAAAGUCGGCAUCAAGUUCAAACUCGAUCAAUCCAAGGCCAUGAACACGCCAUGGAACAGUACCACCAUGCAGGCCACCUUGAACCGGCUGACUGCCGAGUUUGAAAAGGAGCGCGACUCGCUUGGACACUUCUCGGACCGCAUCAAGGGCCCGCUUCAAGUCACGCUCAAGGUUGCAAAGGGGGCGGCCGAGGUCAUUCUUCGGACCGCGAGCACCAUCGGCGCCAUCGCAGGGAGCGUGUUUGCGCCGGCGCCGAUCAUUGCGGAAGCUUUGGUCUUUGUUUUGAGUGCCACGCAGAAAGUGUCGGGCCAGCUCGACGAGAUCAAAAAAUUCUUUGAAGUCACAGCAAACUUCUUCAGGCGUCUGUCGGUGCUUGAGGGAAGGUUGCCCGAUGGACCCCAGUUUGGCCAGCAGCUUGUCGACGUGUUUGACCGGCUUCUCGGUUUCAUCGUUGAUGCUCAGAUCUUUGUCGGCCGCGGAAAGUUCAUCAACUUCUUCAAGGAGCUCGCCAAGCCAUCCACGCCCUUAUCCGACGCGCAUGCCUUGUUUCAAGAGCAGCUCACUCGACUGGACCAGGCGGCAUUAUAUUGCACUUUGGGCAUCUCGGUUGACAUCAAUAAGAACGUCGCCGAUCUCCGCGCCUCGGUGGACUUGGUCAUCGACGAUACCCAUCACAUCGUCGGCCAGAUCGAUGGACUCGGCACCAAUAUCGUCGACCUGCAACUGCAAAUCGGGAGUUUCAGGCGAGACUUUAGCACUUUUUCUCACGAGAUACGUCACAAACCCAAGACGGACGAUGCUAGCAAACAAACUGCGGAUACCGUAACGGUGGACCACGCUAGCUAUCAAUCCAACGUUCUGAGAACCCUCAGGGCAUCAUUCAACAUUGGAGAUACGGAGAGCAUCCACCACAGACGGCUGACCAGGAUGUUGUCUUCACGGCUCCCCGGCACCUGCGAGUGGAUUCAUCACCAACAGGCUUAUCACACCCUCCUUGAUGGAACCUCUCAGUUUCUCCUGCUGCAAGGUGGCCGUCACACCGGGAGAAGCAUGCUGUCUUCCUUUAUCUUUGAGCACCUCAAGACCUCCAAGCAACAACUCCCCAUCAACAAGAGCGGUACACAAACUGAAGCCGCAGGCAUAUCGGUUGCCUACUUUUGUUUCGGCCAAGAGUUUAGAGGCAGAAAUUCCAUUGACGACAUGAUUCGUUGCUGCGUCAUCCAGAUCGUCGAACAAGACGCCGCGUAUCGCAAGUGGGCCAUGGAUCACUGUCUCGGGCAGAAGUCUCGAGGAGAGAGUACCAACCCAACAUGGGACGAUCACUUUGUGGCCAGAUUCAAACCAUCGGAGGGCAACUCACAUCAACCCUGGUUGUUCCUAGUUCUUGACGAUGUCGACAUUGCCGAGUCAAAGAACGAUCUGCUCGAGUUCCAGACAAGCAUCGAAAAGAGAAAUUUGAGAAUCAGUCUCGUCCUUACCACGAGCUCGAAUAUGAAGAUCGACAUUCCGGAAGAGUCGAAGAUUAUUCUGGGGGCCGGUAACACAAAUGCUGAAAACCACGACCUGCGCACCUUUACCAAACAUCUCACCAUGAACCUGUCCCCAUUGAACGACCUCGCACCCGAAACACGAGAAAGCCUCGUCAAUGGUGUGUGUGAGAAAGCGACCACCUACUUGUAUGUGGAUUAUGCUCUUCGACGAUUCAACGUCCUUGGCGGCAGUGACUUGUCUCCAUUAAACACGCUCAAAACGAAUCAUGUGGAGAUAUACGGGGACCUCUUCCACGAAUGCAUCGAUCAUCGAAACGAGCAAGAACAGACUCAGCUUCAUUGUCUCUUCACCUGGCUGGCUCUUUGCAAUAACCAACCGCUGUGUCUUGGCACAGCAAAAGUAUUACUAAAAUUGGUUUCCCAAUGGAACAUCACCACAUCCGCGGAGGAGGGCAGCGAAGGAAAGGGGGAAGCCAAGUCCCGUGACGGAGUCGGCCUUGCAGCUGGGAAUAGGCUUCAAGUAGAACUCGCCGGCAACCUAUCCCUUCUUCUUUCUCGGGCAGCCCCCAUGUCCAAACACGGUCAAAACGGUGGCCAAGCGGGUGACGAUGACCUGAUUCAGUUCCGACAUCCUGCGCUUCAGGCCUACUGGCCAACAACAACAUGGGCUAGUCUUCCGGCUAAUGUCCUCAUGUUCAAGAUGCUCUCUCAUGUUCUGACUGAAAAGACCGAUGUCGGGGAACAGAAGGACAAGAACUAUGAGCAACUUCUGUAUCAAGCUGCCACACUUUGGUUCAAGUUCCUACGGGCGGCUUCAUCGCAAUACUUGCAUGUUGAUUCUACAAUGGAUUCCCACCAAAUGAGGCCAGAAGCGGCACCACCACGAAGCAUCAUGGCGAUGACACCGCCGCGCAGCAUCAUGGCGGACCUCGCGACGAGCCGUCGAGCAAUCGCGCCAAUCUCCCGCAAUCAGAAGACUAUGACUCGAACCAGUGUUGCCGACCACAUCAGUCCCCCCCGGAAAGGCCCAGUAAGAAGGUCACAACGCGCACCAGAUCCACCGUACGAGGCAUCGGGACCGCAACUCGUAACGUUCCCAAGACCCGAGGUUCCAAUCAACGAGAAGAGUCGACCGGCUGCUGUUGUCGCAAAGACCGUGGUACGAGGAAUAGCUUACGUCUUCAGCAACGAGAAUGAUGCAUUGAAGCUUCUGGAGGUCAAUGUACCCGAAGUAGAUUGGGGGAAAUGCCAGUCUCUGCUAGGAACAAACUUCGAUGAGAUCCGUGCAACGUUGAGGAUACUCUCGUACUGGCUGCGUUUAGUAGACAGGAAUCACUGGCCCGGCCUGUCUGAAAGACCUCGAGACUGGCUCAACGCGAUAGAACCAGAGAGGGAUGACCCAGAGCCUCACUGCAGCAUCCUCGAACAGUUGGCGGCGCGCCAUAGCGACAAUUGGGGGGCAGCACAGUUCCCAAGCAGCGCAUACAACUCAUUCCGAUUCGCCCACCAAGUGUUGCGCGAUCGAGAUACCUACAUGUCACAAGGGCAGAGACCCUACCCCCAGAGCUCCGAGCCUGAAGCACGCGCAGAAGCAAUCCUUAAAGUGGGAGAAGGAUUGAGAGCAAGGCUGAAAGGGCGGGACGAUGAGAGUGAGAGGCUGAAGGCUGCCACAGCCAGUGUUGCCAUCGCGAUGGCACUGCGGUAUGACGGGCUCUAUGAGCCAGCGUUGGCAGAGGCUCUCAACGCGGCAAAGAUCAUUGAGGGACAGGGUGAGCAUGGCAGGGCAGUCUUCAAUGCGUUCAAAAAUGCCUACGACGGGGCCAUGAAAGCGCGAGACGAAGAAUCAGACACAACGCCCACCAAGACCAGUAUCGGUGACUACGAAACAAGUUUGCAGCAACUCAUGGAAAGCGGGAACUCCUUUUCCCUGGGAAGCAAAGAGGCUAAGCUUCGGUUUGACGUUUACAAUAGGAUCGGGCGAAUCUGCUAUGGAAUGUCAGAAGACAAGACCGAUCUGGCGGUUGAGGCCGGUGCUAAUUCCCUCCCGGAAAAGGCCCUGGAAAGGAAGGGGUAUCUCGAGGCGGCUCGCGUGGCAUUCGUCACGGCACUUGGGACAAAAGAGGAGGGCCGGAACAUGAUACGGACCUAUUGGUUAAAGGCCAAGGUUGAGGCACUUCUUGGAGACAACAAGUGUGCUCUGGGGAGCGUAAGCAGAGCUGUGGAAACUGCUAAAAAGAGCGAAGAAGAGAGCACGACGGUCUUUUUCGAUGAGCUGGUUCAUGAGUUGAGCAAGGGCUCAGACGGACCAGAGAACGUUCUUCAACUCCUGGAUCUCCUGGGACACGCCCAGCUCGUCAAGGGCUUCAUGGCAGAAACGCACCGGCGAAUCCACAAAGCAGCCAAGAAACAGGGCAGGCCAGCCGCUGAGAAGGUUAAGAAGACAUACGCUGAGGCCGUCAACCGCCUGAUCGAAGGGGAGGAUCCUUCGGCCCAGAUGUUGUCGAUCUGGUGGGCUGAUUUUGUGCGCUUCGUGUGGGCAGGGCUCCAAGCGGACGCGGCAGAUGAAGCAGAGGAGAUUCUGCGUCGAGCCCUCCGAGUCAAGGUUGCGGGCAGUGUCGACACUACGAUUCGGAUUGGCUGGCGGCUGGCAGACAUGUUUCUCGAGCAGUUCCUGGGUUCUGCAAAAGGAAAACAAGAACCUGUCGAGUUGAAGGAUAAUCUGGCCAAGAAGCAGGCUGCCCUUGACAAGAUGGAGGACCUGAUGUCUCAGUUGCAGGGGUUGCAGGCCGACUUUGAGCCUUACCAGUCGCAGAUCAGCAUCCCGUUGUCUAUCAUGCGACGCAAGCUCAGUCCAGCUUUGAGCUUCUUCGAGGGCGCCGAUCAGACCUUUAGAGGAUGCGUCACAACACUGACGGACGAGCACCAGGAUAACGACGCGCCAAGCUUCCAGGUCCUUGCCAAGGUCUUGUGCUUGGUACCCGGGCUAAAGAAGCACGCAGAGAUUGCGGCCUCCUGUCAGUUCUACGUCAUCGAUGACCAGCUAUUUACGGGAGAAACUCAGUCCCCUGUGACUUGCAGCUACUGCGAGAAACAGAUCGGCGGGGAUGCCGAGGCUGAGGCUGUUUAUCUGUGCUGCUAUUGUACCAACACAUUCGCCUGCAAGAGCUGCUACGACAACAAAGAACCUUCGAGAUCCGGCAAGACCACUGGCGAAGAGAUAGAUGAUGUCGUGCUGCAACCCGCGUGUCGACCCGAGCACAUGUACGUAUCAGCCCGUGGCGACGACUGGGGUGGAACGAGGGACGGCAAGAUGGUUAUCAAGGGUGAACAGGAAAGAGAGCUUUCUUUCCAGGAAUGGCUGGACGAGGUCAGGGUAGAAUGGGAAGUGGCAUGGCAGAAGUCCUGGGGAGAGCCUGCACUGUGA